ACGCCUUACAACAGGUUAUUUUACAAUGUUUAUGUUAAUCAUUUAUAUAUUUAUAUUACUAUUAGUAUCACUUUAUAUUAAUGCUGAAAUUGAUGUACUUGGUAAAGGUGUCGGUUAUAUAGCAGAAGAUGAUAUUGCUAUGAUAUUUUACGUAACUGUAAAAAAUAUAUGCCACGAUGACUUAGAACUAUCAAUAAACAUGAUUCAGUGCUGCGAAUCAUUUGGUUUUGACGAUAUGGAUUGCAGCUCUAUGACCCUAAUCGGUGGAGAUAUGGGAGUAUUACCGGCAACGUACAUUAAAAAUUUAACGUUAAUCUGGCCCAACAUUUACCUUUUCAACCGCCAGGGUGUAUGCUCGGUUGAAAUAACUUAUCGAAAUCAACUUAAGAAAAAGGAAAUGAAUAUUGAAAUACCCUUUGACACUUCAAAGGAUUGCUUCAAAAAGAACCCAUGUGAAACUAUUGACUUGGACUUUAAAACGAACUGCAAUCCGGUGGAUUGCCUGAUAAAAUAUUCGGGGUCAACAAGUUAUUUUAAUCCAGAAUGCAUGAAGUGCCAGAAAGUUCCGACCUGUGAUUCCAAACUCGAGGGAUGCUUCCCUGAUAUAGCUUAUUCUCCUUAUAGUAAUGAAUGCAUUAAUCUUAAUGAUCCAAUCACUAAGGCGGAUUUAGAAAAUAUCGACAAGAGUCCUCCAGGUCAUUCGUCACCAACGAUCAUUAACGCUAUUUGUCAUUAUGGGAAAGCUACUAACAGUGGUGAAUGUCUAUGCAAUGACGGUUGGGUAUCCGCUAUUAAUGAUGAAGAUCUGUAUGAGCCAUGUGUAGCCCAACAUCACCUCUGCAAUAUCCAAAUAGGCGAUUGGAAUAGUAUAAACAGUGGACGUGUUAAAGUAACUACCAUCCUAAUAGCCAUUUUCGCCUUUACUAUAAUCUCCAAGAUCAUUCUUUUAAUGUGCGUUAUGACAUGGUGCUAUAAGCAUUACAGAAAAUCCAGUAAAAGUUGCGGCCAAGAACUGGAUCCUGACGAUCCGUCCGUAGUGCUCUGUAACUCGAAAGAAUCUUUCGAAAAAUGUCUUUGCUGCGAUCUUGAAAACGCACGCGUUGAAACCUCCGAGGAGAAAAACCCUAAAACACUUCAAUCGCAAACAGUGAAUGUAGCUUAUUAUCCUGGUUCGGUAAGUGUAUUUUCAAGCCUUAAAUCUUCCACGGCAUCAUCAAAGGUGUCAACGAGAAUGCAACAUGAAAUCGACCUGAGUCAUACUUCUUCGUCUGUUCCGAUUUCGUUUGAAGAAGAGACUUCUGAGGAGUCUGAAAACACCAAUGAGACCCUGUUUUGUGAUGAUGAUGAAGGUAAUAUUGCUUAUGGAGUUUAUUGUGGUGUGGACCAUGAAGAAGUGGAGGAAGAAGAUAGUGAAGAGGAGGAGGAAGUUGAAGAAGAAGAGGAGCAAGAAGAGGCUGGUGCAGCUUGUGGAGCAUCGAAAAAUGUAUAUUUUAGUGAAUAACCUAUUUUGUAAAGUAUAAAUAUAAUAAUUUAGUAUG